AUGUCGAUAAUUAUGUGGAAGGCUAUGCAUGGCUGUUUACCAGUGGAUGAUCGCAUACGCGGAGUGGGUAUUUAUCUUGUAUCUAAGUGUGAUUGUUGUAGUUCAGGGGGUUAUGAGGACCAGAAUCAUAUCCUUGCGUUGGGGACUUUUGCCGAACAGGUUUGGCGCAUUUGUUCAUUACAGCUGGGAAUGCCACUGUUGGAAGGCGGAACCUGGAGAGAAAAAAUAGAAUGUUGGUAUCGGCAUGUUAAGAAUUCUUCUCAGAGUGGACAAUUAAUUGGCAUCCUUCCUUCUAUUAUCACUUGGAGACUUUGGUGGCGUCGGUACAAGGCAAGAAUGGAGGGGGAACAAGAAUCUGUGCAGGUGGUUUGGGGAUCAAUAAAAUAUUGGCUGGCGGUAGCAGGGGAGAAGAUUAAGGGGCAUUCAGAUUUGAGUCGCCGAGAUGAGGAAAUAUUGCAGCUUCUUAAUCUGCCUGUUAAGCCUCAAAAGAAAGUUUCUACUCAGAUAGUUAAAUGGUUGCAACCUCCAGAAGGUCCUUCAGGUGCAGGAGGUGCUAUCCGCGAUCAUCGGGGCGAAUUGAUUUCUGGUUUUUCUAUCUUUACCCGUACUCGGUCUAAUAAUUUUGCUGAGUUUAUGGGUUUGAUUCAAGGGCUGCGCAUAGUGAGAUUUUUGGGUUUGCAAAAUGUGGAGAUUGAGAUGGAUUCUAUGUUGGUGAUUGAAUGGUUGAGGAAAAAGAGAUGUGGUCUUUGGUACUUGGAUGAUUAUUGGGAGGAAUUGCUACAGCUGUUGGAUGGGCUAUGUUAUUGUUUUCGGCUUUUCGCCAUAUAUAUAGGGAGUGCAAUUUUUAGGCAGAUGGAUUUGCAUGCAUGGGUGCUGCAGGUGUUUGCAAGAUUUGGAUUAAUAGUUCUGAGCUUCCUCAUUGUCUCCGGGGUCAUUUUCGUUUGA